AGAAAAUCUCCCAAAAUCUCUCUCUCUCGUUAAAUUCAAUUUGCUUCUGUUUUUGGUCAAUUUGCUUCUGUGUUUUUAAUACUUGUACUUAUGAAUUGAACAAUCAUUUAAAAUAGAGUGAUGCUGUAAGAGUAUGGAACAUUGAUAUUUGUUGAGAUAGUAUUGUUUUAGAAAAAAUUUAACUCGAAUUCAAAUUAUUAUGGGACAAUAAUGUUAGAGAAUAAUAAUAAUAAAAAAGAAAAUAGUGUCCGAACUCAAAAUUAGACAAUGCCUUGUGCAAGAAAAAGGAUUUUCACAAACUAGAGCGGAGAUAAAUUGACAACUGAAUUAUAGGCACGCAGAGAAUUUCUUGUUUUUCAUGAAUCGAAAAGAAAAAAAUUCAACGAAAUGCAUACAUAGUUUUGGAUUUUCUUUCUUCAACUGCUGGCAUUUCAAGUUGGAUGGAGAUUACUAUAUUAAUUUUAACGUCAUCACACCCUACUCUUACGAAUUGUCUGCGAAUUUUUCCGCUACCGGCUUGAACAGCAGCUCACACUCUGAAACCGAAUACCAAUCCAAAUCAAUAAUCAGAGCUUUCCAGUUCCAAAAAUCUUUGAUACCCAGACGGCAGAAGCUGAAGAAGACGCCAUGGAUUGCAUUUACAAGAAUCCAAACGCCCCGAUUGAAGCUCGGGUCAAAGACCUUCUCUCUCGCAUGACUCUUCAAGAAAAGAUCGGCCAGAUGACCCAGAUCGAACGCUCGGUUGUCACCCCUUCUGUCCUCAAAAACCUCUGUAUAGGUACCCGAAAACGCCAUUCUUGCCUUAAAAAUUAUGUUUGGAUUUUAUCAUCGUUGACCCAAUUAACUGAAGCUUCACUAAUUGGUAUGAAGGAAGUGUGAUGAACGUUGGUGGCAGUUCCCCGGCAGAGAACGCCUCCCCUGCUCAAUGGGCUGACAUGGUCGAUAAUUUGCAGAGGGCAGCUUUGGAGUCCAGGUUAGGGAUUCCGAUCAUUUAUGGGAUUGAUGCUGUUCACGGAAACAACAAUGUUUAUGGUGCUACCAUUUUUCCUCACAAUGUUGGCUUAGGAGCCACCAGGGAUGCUGAUUUGGUAAAGAGAAUUGGGGCUGCUACUGCACUCGAAGUUAGGGCUUGUGGCAUUCACUAUGCUUUUGCUCCAUGUGUUGCAGUGUGUAAGGAUCCAAGAUGGGGAAGAUGCUAUGAGAGUUUUGGUGAGGACACUGAGAUUGUGAGGAAUAUGACAUCGAUUGUCUCAGGUUUACAGGGAGAACCACCAGAGGGGCAUCCAAAGGGUUAUCCCUUCCUUGCAGGAAGGGACAAUGUUAUUGCGUGUGCAAAGCAUUUUGUAGGCGAUGGAGGCACUCACAAAGGUCUAAAUGAGGGAAAUGCCAUUAUGUCGUAUGAAGACCUGGAGAGGAUCCACAUGGCUCCUUACUUUGACUGCAUAUCACAGGGAGUUUGCACCAUCAUGGCUUCCUACUCUAGCUGGAACGGAGUGCCAUUACAUUCUAGUCAUUUUCUUCUAACAGAAGUUCUGAAGGAGAAACUGGGAUUUAAGGGUUUCAUAAUUUCUGAUUCUGAGGCUCUGGAUCGGCUUUCUAAUCCAUAUGGAUCAAACUACCGUCAGAGUAUCCUCACAGCCAUCAAUGCUGGAGUUGAUAUGGUGAUGGUGCCUAUCCGGUAUCCAUUGUUUCUCGAUGGUUUGACAGAUCUAGUAGAACGUGGAAAAGUAUCUAUGGCCAGAAUUGAUGAUGCUGUUGAACGAAUAUUGAGAGUGAAGUUUGCUGCUGGAUUAUUCGAGAAUCCUUUAAGUGACAGAUCCUUGCUGCAGACAAGUGGUUGUGAGCUGCACAGGAAAUUGGCACGCGAAGCAGUUCGAAAGUCAUUAGUUCUUUUAAAGAAUGGGAAGGAUCCCAAACAACCGUUUCUGCCAUUAAAUCGCAGUGCUAAAAAGAUUUUAAUUGCUGGUACACAUAGUGAUGAUAUUGGGUAUCAAUGUGGAGGAUGGACGAUGACAUGGGAUGGAAAAAGUGGCAAAAUAACAAUUGGUAAGCAAUCAUAGAUGUAUCUGCAAACUGAAAUUUUUGCUUCUUGGACUAGUAAGGGUGUACUGUUAGGGAAGAGCGGCCUAGAACUUAUCUUUCAACAUAACUAGUCAUAAGUCAGUCUUAUGAUUUUGUUGGUUCUUCCUUUUUCCAUGGAGGUUGAGUUUGAUUCUUCCAUCAACUAAUUCAAGUUUGCAUUGUUUCCAUUGUUGCUACAAAACACGUACGGGUUGCAAUGUAUCAAGAGAAGGGAGCAUGGCCUGUUAUAAGCGUUGUUUGUUGUUCCCUCACCUUAAUAGACCAAUAAAGUGUGCUUUCAAGCAACAUUUAGUUGUGAGGUUCAGAAACAUUUUUUUGUCAGUUAAAGAAUCAUUGUCUUUUUACCUUUUGCAGGUACAACUAUUUUGGAUGCAGUGAGAGAGGCUGUUGGAGGCGACACAGAAGUGAUAUAUGACCCAGAACCAUCGGCUGAGACCUUAGCCAGCCAGGAUUUUUCUUUUGCAAUUGUAGCAGUUGGUGAAGCUCCAUAUGCUGAGUUCAGUGGGGAUCGUAAGGAACUCCCGAUUCCAUUUAAUGGAGCCGAAAUAAUCAGCUCAGUUGCCGAUAAGGUCCCGACAUUGGCGAUCUUGAUAUCUGGAAGGCCUUUGUGUAUAGAACCUCGCAUUUUCGACAAAGUGGAUGCUCUGGUUGCUGCUUGGUUACCUGGCACUGAAGGAGCUGGAAUUACAGACGUUAUAUUUGGAGAUUAUGAAUUCCAAGGAAAGCUGCCGGUAUCAUGGUUAAAAAGCGUGGAACAACUGCCACUGAAUGCUACAGAGAAUUCGUAUGAUCCUCUUUUCCCUAUCGGUUUCGGUUUGUCCAGCAAAAGGGAACUACUUUAGGGCUUAUCCAAUUCUUCAUGAGUGGAAAAUAUCUUGUGCAUUUGAAGCACGGAAGGAUAUUACUUUGUUGUGUACUGGGGUGAUAUCAAUUCUGAUGAAACUUCCAAAACAGUAGUACAAAACAGAGGAAACACCAUUUUACACAUGUAACACCUGAAUCUAUAAUUUUCUAGUUUUUAAGUCAAGGAGAAGAUUUUGGUCUUGAUCUUAGUCCCGAUUAGUUAUGUGAAUUGUGAAUGAAGGAUAGAGCUAGUGAAAAAAUAUAUAGGGACUGUACAACUUGACAUAUUUGUCGAUCGAUCACUAAUUUCAUAUUGAUCAUCAAUGAUGGAUUAUCGCAUCAGUCAUUA